AUGACUUUUUAUGCCGUUGGUAACCUAGAUGACCGUAUCAAAAACGCCGAUCAAUGCAUCACAGUCGACACCAUGAAAUUCUCCAACUCAUUAGCCGAACUCUAUUCCAACUUGGCUAAACCUAUACUAGAUGUCUUUAUCUAUAAUUAUCAAUUGACACGCACAGUAGGAUUUGAAGCUGUUUUUUUAGGUUCAUUGAUUAUCAAUGCUUCUUCUGUCAUGAUGCGUAAAUACACACCUUCUUUUGGUAACAUGGUGGCUGAAGAACAAAAGCUUGAAGGUGAAUUUCGUUUCCGUCAUUCUCGUUUGAUUGAGAAUGCAGAAGAAGUGGCCUUGUUGGAUGGUCAAGCCAUAGAGAAGACUGAAUUAGACAAGAGCUAUUAUCGGCUUAUUAAGCAUGUGAAUCGCAUCUUUCGGUUACGUGUGCCUCAUGGUAUGUUGGAGGACUUUGUGAUCAAGUAUUUCUGGGGUGCUUGUGGUCUUGUGUUGUGUUCCGUACCUGUGUUCUUUACUCUGCCUAGCUUAGAUAACAUGGAUCUUGGUGGCCGUACCAAAGGGUUUGUGACCAAUCGUCGUCUUCUCUUGAGUUCGUCUGAUGCUGUGGGUCGUAUCAUGUAUGCCUAUAAAGAAAUCACAGAACUAGCAGGUUACACUAGCCGAGUCAAUGAUCUCUUACAGGUCUUUGAAGAUGUCAAGGCAGGCCAUUAUCAAAAGAAUCUUGUUUCUUCCCGUUCCAUUGAACUCAAUGCUGAGAAAAUCAAAGGUCGUGGUGAAGUAGUUCAAAGUGAGAUCAUUGAAUUUGAUCAUGUGCCUAUUGUGAGUCCUAAUGGUGAUGUACUUGUGCCUCAACUUACGUUUCAUGUGAAGCCUGGUAUGCAUUUGUUGAUUGUGGGUCCAAAUGGCUGUGGUAAAUCUUCUUUGUUUCGUAUCUUGGGUGGAUUAUGGCCUGUCUAUGGUGGCACUGUCUAUCGUCCAAGUCAUCGUGAUAUCUUUUAUAUUCCUCAAAGACCUUAUCUCUCUUUAGGCACACUUCGAGACCAAAUUCUUUAUCCUGACACACUUCAAGACAUGAAGAACAAACAAGUAACAGACCAAGACCUGCUGGAUAUCCUUAAAGUAGUUCAAAUUGAGCAUGUCGUUGAAAGAGAAGGUGGUUGGGAUACAGAAAAGGAAUGGACGUUAGCCUUGUCGGGUGGUGAUAAACAACGAAUUGCCAUGGCUCGCUUAUUUUACCAUGCACCUCGUUAUGCUAUUUUGGAUGAAUGUACAAGUGCAGUCAGUAUGGACAUUGAGAAGAUUAUGUACACACAUGCUACUGCAUUGGGUAUCUCUCUUUUGACUGUCUCUCAUCGACCUUCUUUAUGGCAAUACCAUAACUUCAUUUUACAGUAUGAUGGACAAGGUGGUUAUGUAUUCACUAAAUUGGAUGCUCAAAAGAGAUUAGCACUUCAAGAAGAAAAGAAUGCUAUUGAAGCCAAAUUACUCGAAAUACCUAAAUUACAAGCACGUAUUCAAGAAUUAUCUGAAUUAAAGCAAUAA